AAAUAGGAAGUGUCACAUACUCGCUCAUUUUGUACCAUUUCCUGUUCACAAUAACGUGAAGUCAGGAAAGAUCUAUGCCUUGAAAUGAUUUACAAACAUAUACAUUUCAGUAUGAAGUUAUACAUUGUUGUAGUGAUCCUGAGCAUGUUACAGCUAUCUUCAGGGGACACAGAGGAAGACUACUGGCCUGUUCACACUGCGUGCAACUCAGACAAGAUCCAAGUGAUAUACAGGAGCUGUGACCCCAUACAGGAUGUAGGCUUCACACUCAGUUCCUGUUCAGACAUAAUGACACAGCCAUACGUCAAAGUAUCCUUUCUCCUGAGGCAAUCCAUUGAUGAACUUUAUCUAUCUCUGGGUCUGUUUCACAACGGUGUUUUCAUUGUCCACUAUGAUGAGCCCCUCUGCUUAAAAAAUUUCCCUCGUUUCACCUUCUGUGGCAACAGGAGAGGAGAAAUGGUUACUAUUCAGAUGUUUGUGCCAGGGCUGGAGCAUCCACUAAAGGGUCACUACAACUUUAAAGUACAUUGCAUAAACCAAAAUGGCUUCCAGAUUGGUUGUGUGAAUGCCACGGCUAUAUUUCAUUAACAUCUGAAAAAGAAUGAACAGUUAAAAGUGUGUAUUAUUUGGAGUUUGUUCACAAAAUGCUAUCCUGAUUUUAACAAAUAACUGAAAUAAAAGGUGUUUAAAAAUAA